AGGUUCAGGUUAGGCUUGUUAUUUACAGUCUACAGAAUCUCGAACUGUGGACAUCACAAUCAUGAGUGUCUCCACAGAACAAGAAAGCACUGACUCAGAAUGUCUGGUCCUAGGCGGUGAGGAUGGUCAUAUUAUUCAGGUGCCAGGUUCAAUCAACAAGCAUUUGCGCCCCUACCAGCGGGAGGGGGUUCAGUUUCUGUACAGCAGGUACAGAGACAAUGCUGGUGCCAUCCUGGCUGAUGACAUGGGCCUUGGGAAGACCAUUCAGUCCAUUGCCUUCAUAGCAGCCAUCCUGCAUAAAUCAGACCGCUCGGACGGCCGGAGCACGCCGCCGUUCCUGCGCAGUCUGGAGACGCUCGAUGUCGCUCCGCCGCCGCCGCCACCUCGCCCGCCUCCCGUCCUCGUCAUAUGUCCCGCCGCAGUACUGUACAACUGGCUGUCGGAGCUCAACACAUGGGGGACGUUCGAUGUUGGUCUGUUCGUCAGGGACCGGAGGUCCGAAGUGCUGAGGGCGUCUCGGAACCGAGCCCUGGACGUUGUGCUCAGCUCGUUUGAGGCCGCCCGGGACCACGUGACCGCGCUGAAUGGUCCUGAUUGGUCGGCCGUCAUCGUGGACGAGGCUCACCGGCUGAAAUCAGUGACGUCAUUGGUGACACAAGCGCUGGGCGGCCUGGACUGCCGGCGCCGCAUCGGACUCUCCGGGACAGUGGUGCAGAAUGAUUUGCGCGAGUUCUGGUGUCUUCUGGACUGGGCUAACCCCGGGUGUCUCGGCACCUGUGAACAGUUCGUCAACGACUUUGUGAGGCCGAUAGAGCGUGGUCGCCGGCGCGGUGCCGUGAAGCGGGACGUGGCCGAGUCCUGGCGGCGCCGGGAGCUGCUGGCCACAAUGCGGCAGCGCUGGAUGCUGCGGCGAACCAAGGCGCUCAUUGCCGACCAACUGCCGAACAAGACCGACCAGAUAGUGUACUGUCCGCCGUCGCCGCUGCAGCGUCAGGUCUACAGCGCCGUCCUGGACCGGCCCGAUGUCCGUCUGCUGGUCCGCCGCUCCCGGCCCUGUGACUGCGGCAGCGGAAGGAGGGCGGCGCGCUGCUGCCUGAAGCACGAGUCCGGUCCGGCGGCUGGAGUAGCGCUGUCUUACAUGAGCCUGCUGAUGAAAGUCAGCAACCACCCGUGUCUGCUGCUGCCCAGCGGGAGCGCCUCCGCUCAGCAGAACAGGAUGGCCCGUCAGGUCUGUCAGUCGGUGUUUGACCAGUUUCCAGAGCUGGCCCGCCUCAGCCGCUCACAGGCGUAUCGUGCCCUCUCCGACCCGAAAUACUGCGGCAAAAUGAAGGUGCUGACCACCUUAAUUGAGCACUUCCGUCAGAAAUCUCAGAAGGUGCUGAUAUUCUCGUAUUCCACUAGAAUGCUCAAGAUAAUUCGGGCCUACGUAUUAAAUCAACAGUUUGACCUGACCUACAUUGACGGCGAGACGCCUGCCUCGGAGCGGCCGGCGCUGUGCGAGCAGUUCUGCCGCCGGCCGCAGUGGGCGGUGGCGCUAGUGUCGACCCGGGCCGGCGGCCAGGGGCUGAACAUUGUGGGCGCCACGGCAGUGGUGGUGGUGGACCCCAGCUGGAACCCGGCGCACGACCUGCAGGCGCAGGACAGGGCGUACCGGCUGGGUCAGACCAAGGAUGUGAGUGUGUUUCGACUUGUCACAGCCGGUACGAUCGAGGAGAACAUCUACCUCAGGCAGGUGUACAAGCAGCAGCUCUCCACCCUCGCCGUGGAGGGCGGUACCGGCCCGCGACUGUUCUCCGCCUCCGCCGGCCGACCGGGCCUGCAGGGGGAGCUGUUUGGGCUGCACAACUUGCUGCAGCUGCGGGCGGACGGCAGGCUGACAGAGGGGCUACUGGACUCACAUAGGAGGGUGGAGAGGCUCCUUACUGCCGCCGCCGGUCACGAGGUGAGCGGAGCUCUCCCCGAAGUCCGGGAGGGUGUGGCCGGUCUCACCGUGAGCGACUACACGGCCGUGGCGCCCGCUGGCGGCGGGGAGGCGCCAUCACCGGAGGGCGCGGAGCUGCUGCCAUCUGACGACGAGGUGGAUCAAACUCCGCCCGGCGGCCAUCGAGAGGCUGCCGUGGGCGGGGCGGAGGUGACGGCCUCCAUCGACGUGGCGCUCAGGGACUGCGGCGUGCGCCACGUGCACGGUAACGCCCCACUCGUGGCCGCCAGCCGGCUGGAGGAGCACGUGGCGCGCCAGGCGACCCGUGCCGUGUAUCAGCUGCACGCGGGCACCCAGGAGCCGGCCGAGAGGUGCGCCCCGCUGCCGCCCCAGCGGAGCGGGAGCGGCCGCGGGGCCCAGCGGACGCCCCGCCAGCCUCCGCCGGUACCUCCCGGCGGCCUGCCCCGUCCGUCCGACCCGACCCCGCAGCACAGCGCGGCGAUCCGGCCGUCUGGGAGCCGCAGCGGCCGCCGGCUACCCUCCGUCCUUACUGGAGAGGCCAGUCCGGCGCCGCGGGGGAGCGACGAGUCACCGGCCGGAUCAGGUAGGACAAGGGGUGGUAGGAGGAGACAGGAUUCGGGGAGAAGGAGAGAGGAGUCGGGGAGGAGGAGAGAAGAGUCGGGAGGGAGGCAGGGCUCAAGCCGGAGGAGGCAGGGCUCCGGCCAGCGGAGAACUCGUCGGCAUCGACCCACAGUGGUGGAUCAGGCUACUAGUACGGACUGGGAGGAGGCAGGGGGACUGACAGGGGCGGUAGCUGGUGACCAGAGUGGCGAGGAUGCUGCUGCGCCGGCGGCGGAAGGGGCUGUGUCUGAUCAUGGUGCUCGAACACCUCCGACCAUGGCGGCUGCCGACAGCGAUGACUCGGUUGUUCUGGCCACACCGCCGCGAUUAGCCACUCCGCCCCCGGUGGUGGAGAUAGAAGAGGAUGUCGAACACCCUGUACCCCCUCCGAUCUCGGAGAUCGGCCCGCGCUCACCAGAGACCGUGGUCGCCUCCAGCGGCCCCAGUACCCCCAAACGGCCGCGGACCACAGCUGCCUCAGGCGGCGGCACGGCCAUGGACGCGUUCUUAGACCGGCUGCUGGAGUCUCCCGUGCGCCGCCCGCCGCCCAGCCGCCGCCCCCGCCCCCGCCCCCGCCCUAUAGCCUCCGUCGUCACUGAAGACAGGCAGGAGGGUGACGUCAUCAGCCGCUGGGUCCGUGAUGGGAAGGUGUCCAUUGUGAAAUGAUUGGUCAAGGCGAGACCCUGGUGAGACUGCAACUACACUUACAAAUACGCCAAGUACAACACUUCUGUGUGAUGUUUGGGAUGGAUGUGGGGUGCGGUGAUGUUGUUCUGUUUGAAGGGGUGUCAGUAUGUGACACGGGGUUCAUGAACGGUACAAUGUGGGGGAUUACAUGCUAUCUGUGAUAUAUUAUAGAUGCAUGCUUUUUCUAAAUUGUACAGUAGCUGUUUUCGCGUGGUGUCAGUUAAAGGUAGUGUGCCACCUUUGAAAGAUUUCCCAUUUUAUUUUUCCUAGGAUAAGAAGCUUCUGUUUUUACCUAAUAUCGCAAAAAAAUCAAAAAUGGGCCUGGAAUAGUGCCUUUUUCGCCUAAAAGUUUUUCGGUUUUUAGAUAUGUAUAACAACUGUAGUGGGCUCACCUGCAAACAGGCGUCGGGCAACAAUCGCGAAUGCGGCGCACUUGUGACAAUAAGCAAAGGUCAUUAUAGUGUUACGACCAUACGACGUACGGGAAUGAGUUAUCAGCUGUCUAAUCGUAGACAACACAAUGUCGAGCCUUAAACUGUAAGCCCGUAUUGGUAUUGUUUCUUUUAUUUGGCUGUCGAACAUUAUUUAUGGUUUGAAAUAUGAUUUUAUGUAAAAUAAUUGAUAUGAAAAAGCCGUCUUAUAAGUUAUGACCCCAUUCCACCACACGCAAGUGGCAGAAAUGACAAUGAUCAGCUGACGCAUUUUUCUUGGCCGAAGUCAGAGCGCGCGGCCCGACGCACCACGCGUAUUUGGAAAUUCCGACCUCGACGAGCAUCAGAAGCCACCUAACAGGCGUGUUCGAAACCGCAGGAGAUGAUGAUGAACGGGUUUAUCGAAACUUGAUUGGAUGAACAUAUCGGUAAUAGCGAUUUCAGUGUGUGCAUUUAUUGUUCAUUGUGGUGUGAAAUGUGGUUGGGGUACGACCGACAACCCGUCGGGGCGAAUUUCGCACUGGGGUACUCAAAAUUUGAAGAAUUUAAGACGUUUCCAUGAGUUUUGAAGGUAUGGAUAAGUUCUAAAAAUCCGGUUCUCCUUAUCUGGGCCAUUAACUCCAUACGGUCCAAGAAAGCUGGCACACUACCUUUAAUAGUUUAGCAUUUGUGCUCCGUCGACUAGAGCGUAAGUGCGCUUUUUAGCAUAUUCGUGCUAUAGCACAAUCCGUGUAUGGAUGUGCUGUGCUUGCUUGGUUUUGAAUUCGUUAUUCACUAUUUGAAUUCAUCAUUUGUGCGUAAAAGGUAGCAUUUUUGGGCGUAAUUGUUUCAAACAAUCCAAUGACGCAAAGUAUGUAGCGGCUGAAUUCGUAUGGCAAUCUGUGACUUGAUGCAGGCCGUAUAUAUUCUGUGAUAUGCUAAGCAGCUUUAUUAACCAAAUUUUGAUGACAUUGUCUCACGUGCGCGCUUUAUUUCUGUUGUGCUUUUGUGACCUGCAUGUGCCGAAAUGUGAUCUUCCUUGUGAUGAAUGUGAUCGUCCUCUUAUGAUGCCCCUCCUCACCGAGGCGGGCACUUAAAUCCUACAAAAUCCGAGACAUGUGACCAUUGCUUUGUCUCUCGACGGAAGAAACGUGCCUUCCGCUUCAUUUCAAAGUUCUCGCACAAAUGUGGUAGCUGACCUGCUAUUUGUAAUAUACCACAUGCUCCACCGGCA